AUGGACGUGAGCAACAGCACAAUCUUUACUCAGCCUGCCGAAUGCUACUACUCCCGCGAUGCCUUUCCGUCUAUGGGCAACCUGAAGGAUUACACCGCUGUCCCGCUCUACCAAACGGCAAACCAUUAUAAAGAUAUGUACUCGAUCCUGAGACGGUUGUUGUACCGGUGGUCGCAUGUGGACAUACUCAAAUCCGGAGCCGUGUACUGCUGUUUGCAAUUCCACAUCCGCGAAGCAAGCCCAGCAGGUGCAGUAUUGUUUGAAUGCGGAGCACGUUGA